CCUGUCAAUAAAAAUGACCCUUAAUAAGACUUCCUUUUUCCUCAACAACCUCAACAAGCGCUCAAAUCUCAGCAAAGUCUCAAGUUCACAGAAAUGGGUUCUGUCUAUGAAAAUUCUGUGUUCGCCUUUUCAACAGGUAAUUCUGAUGAAAAUGACUCCCAGUACAAAGGUCACUUCAGCAAUUACCGAGAAAGUAAAAGAGAAGUCAAUACUGCAAAGUGGACAAAAGUUCUGCUGAUUGUUUUUGCUGUGUCUCUGGUUUUUGCUCUUGGAGGUCUCUGUGCUGUAAGGAUACAGUAUGUCAGUGUUUCAGCGCAGUUGUCUGCCCAGGAAACUAAUGGCACAAUCAUGUCCAGACAGCUUGACAAACUUACAGCCAACUUUACCACAGUUAGAGAUCAUCUCCACAUUAAUGAAUUGCUGAUGAAAGAGCUGACAGCAAACUACAGCCGAGUUAAAGAACAACUGUCCAUUUCUGAAGAGACGGUUAGAAAGCUGAGCAGAUUUAAUCAAAGCAGCGGCUGUGCGAUCUGUGCCAUUCACUGGACUCAUUCUGGAGAAAAGUGUUACUACUUCUCUACAGUCAAGAUGAACUGGACACAGAGUCGAGAUCACUGUGUGACCAAAGGAGGACAUUUAGUGAUCAUAACCAGCCAAGCAGAGCAGGAGUUUCUAACCUCUAAUGUUAAAGAGACUCACUGGAUUGGUCUUAAUGAUUUGGACACUGAGGGACGCUGGCUUUGGGUGGACAACCAGCCACUGAGCCAAACAGAAGAAUUCUGGAUGAAGCGAGAGAAUGGGGUCAGUGAGCCUGAUAACUGGACUAAACAGCAUGUGGACGGUGAAGACUGCGCUAGUCUGGGUCACCCAGACGGAGAGACAGAUUUCUGGACUGAUGCUUACUGUUUUGAAGAGAAAAGAUUUGUGUGUGAAGCUGCAGCAGCUGUUUGAUCCAAUCCUGCUGUCAAAAUACACUUCUGUUAUUAGUAUCACGGCUUAUAAACAAAGUAAUUUUCACAAAGCUUAUUAAAUGAACUGAAUGGCUUAUAUUUUGAGACUGUGCUUCAUGAAGCAUUACAGAGACUGUAUAUUAGGGGUGUCAAAAAUAAUCGUUUUUUCGGUGCACUGCGAUGCAGACGCGGACAGUUCGGUAUCGGUUCAGUAAUAAUCAUAACCGGUUAUUACUGACGUCAUUUACCUCAUAUGCGCUCUGUCGCGAGGGAGGCGAUCGCGAGUAUUUACAGCGCUUUAACUACUUAAAACUCAUAAACUGUCCACAAUUUCACUGUGUGUGUUUGCUGGAUCAGUCUUUCACUGACAUAUACAACAAAAGCCCCUAUU